AUGGGAAGUAAGACUUUUAUCUCCCUAAUAGUUCUACAGUGGAUGUGGAUAUUGAUGCAAGUUGAUUGCCUUAAUGAGACACCCUUACAUGAUCCAACAAAAGACGCAAGAAAAUGCUUAAGUCAAUGCCGUCUAAGUAUAGAAGACGAAGAGGCAACCAGAAAGACGUUUAAGGCUAAAGUUAGCGUAGAUACUGUCAGAGUUCUGUAUUUCAACUUUCUUAAUAGUACUAAGCAGCCAAUUUAUAGUUUCUUCCAUGGUGAUAAUAAAUAUGCUUGGGUGAAACCCCAUUAUGGCAGAUCUUUAUUUGCUAUGCCGAUGAAUUAUGUUAUAAGCUGCUUCUAUAUUCCUGGGCUAUUUCACGAUUAUUUAAAUGUAACUAUAGAACAGCCUUGGCCAAGAUGUAUUGAAGAAAUUGAGCCAUACUGUCGAGAAGUAGUCAUCUUUGAUGUGCUAGAAAGUUUAAUACGAAUUGGAGAAUGUUCUAGCAGCCAAGGUUGCGAAACCUUGUGUCGAAGAAAUUUUUCUUACAGCCUAAGUCAUUCUUUGCUAGACGAAAAAUAUAGCUGUUGCGGGCCAAAAGACUUCCAAAAUGAUAGCCUUCUAUAUAUGAAUUGCAUAGAAGAAAAUCUACGUAGCGCUCAAGACUUUAUUACAAUGUUUUAUUGUAUAAGAGUCUUUAGUGCUUUCCUGACAAUUCCUGUAGGGUAUUAUGUUUGCUCAUUAAUUAUACGCUUUAGUGGAGGUCGACUUAACGCUAAUACUUUGACACCAAAUAAAAUUUGGGGAAAUAACCGAACAACAAUUUAUUUUAAAACAAAAUGGAGAGAAGUAUAA